UAAAGAACAAAAGGAAGAGAUAGGGAAAUUAAGGAAGCACAACAAACCCCAUAUAUGUCUGAUUAUCAGUUUAAUCGGACUGCGCAAACAGGGUGAUAAGAGUAACAAGUAAAAUGAGGAGAUUGAGAGGGACCAAGUCGAUGCCAAGUAAGUGGCGUAUGGAGUGUGAUCCCAGACAGCCAGAGGAGAGAGAUCGGGAUCGGUUAGCGAGGAAGAAGGCGAGGAGAGACUCUCUGUUGUCUACCAUGACCUGUGGCCUCCUCAGGGGGCAAAAAGCACCCAUGGACUCCAACAACCAGGAAAAAAUAGGGCUCGUCAAAAAACAGUGCCGAUUCAAGCAAAGUUAUGCCAGGGAGCUUUUAGGGACAGAGUCUCCCAACGAUGAACAACUAAGGGAGAAGUUUUCCAUCAAAGUGCUGUUUGAGGCCGUGGCCAGCGGUGAUAUCAGAAAGCUGGAGGGUUUGGAGACAUACCUGUGUCAGAACAAUUUACGGCUCUCCGACUCAUUGUAUCAAUCAAAUGGUAAAACCGCUCUGAUGAAGGCUCUUCUAAAUAUGAGAGAGGAAAAAACGGAUAUGGUGGAAUAUCUCCUGGACAUCUCAGAUAGGAUGGGAGAUAUCGUAGACCUUGUGAAUGUUCCCUACACAGACUGCCUCUACCAAGGUCAAACUGCCCUCCACAUUGCCAUUGAAAGGAGGAGCAUUGACUGCGUCAAAAAAUUAGUUGAGAAAGGAGCUAACGUGGAUGCUAAAGCCUGUGGGAAAUUCUUCCAGCUUCAUAAUGACAACCUAAUCCAACCUAGCUUCUAUUUCGGAGAACUUCCUCUGUCACUGGCAGCCUGCACCAAUCAACCUGAAAUAGUGGACUUCCUGCUGACAAAUAACCACAAACAAGCUGAAGUGACAGAGAAGGAUUCCAAAGGCAACACUGUGUUACACGCUCUGGUAGUGGUGGCAGACAACACCAAAGAGAAUACAGAGUUUAUAACUGUGAUGUAUGACCACAUUUUGACCGUCACAGUGAGACUAGACCAUACCUUGAAGCUGGAAGAUGAACAGAACAAAGAGGGAUUGACACCUCUUAAACUGGCAGCCAAAACGGGCAAGAUUGGGCUUUUUGAACACAUCUUAUGCCGCGAGUUUUCAGACAUGGAGACAACGCAUCUGUCCCGCAAAUUCACGGAAUGGAGAUAUGGGCCGGUCCAUUCCUCACUCUAUGACUUGAAGUCCUUGGACACCUAUGAUGACCCCAUGUCUGUUCUAGAAAUGGUUGUGUACAACAGCGAUAUCCCUAAUCGCCCUGAGAUGUUGCAGGUGGAACCACUGUGUGGCCUGUUGGAUGCGAAGUGGAACCAGUUUGUUUGGCGAAUUUUCCUGGUUCACUUCAUUGUCUACUCCAUCUACCUAGCCACCUUCACCGCCAUUGCCCACAGCAACAAAGACGACACGCCUCCAUUCCCCAUUGAACAUACCUCAGCUGGAUACCUUGUUGUUUUAGGACAAUUUUUCACACUGUUGGCAUCCUGCUACUUUUUUUUUUGUGGGAUAUGGGACUUGUUGAGGAAGCGUCCAAAGCUGCAUACUCUGCUGAUUGAUGGAUACUAUGAUUUGUUAUUUUGCAUGCAGGGUUUUCUCUUCUUGGUAUCAGCUGGUCUGUAUAUAUCUGGGUGUCCGGAGUAUCUUGGGUUUCUGGUAUUGAGUCUGGCUCUCAGCUGGAUCAAUCUGCUCUACUUCUCAAGGGGUCUCAAGCACAUGGGGGUCUACAGCGUCAUGAUACAGAAGGUACUUGUGGGUGACAUCCUGCCAUUUCUCUUCGUCUACGUUGUCUUCCUCUUUGGCUUCGCAGCAGCAAUAGUGACCCAGCUUACAGAGCCGUCUCCAUCCGAGGAUGAGGGCCACAAGAAUGCCAACAGCACGUACAUGGCUGACACCAUCCUGGAGCUCUUUAAGUUCACCAUCGGCAUGGGAGACCUGCAGUUUACAGAGAGGUACAAGUAUAAGCUGGUUUAUUACCUGCUUCUUAUCCUCUACAUCGUGUUAACCUACAUCCUGCUCUUCAACAUGCUCAUCGCCUUGAUGAGCAGCACUGUGGAGAACACAGCCCAGGAGAGCGCCAGCAUCUGGAAUCUCCAGAGAGGUGUCACCACCCUGGACAUAGAGCAGCGUCUGCCUCUGUGUCUGAGGACCCGGCUGCGCUCCGGGGAGGAGAAGGAACUGGACACCAAGCAUGGGAAGCAGGAGAAACACUGGUGCCUCAGGGUGGAAGAGAUUAAGUGGAAAGAAUGGAACUGUAACCUGAAGAUAAUUAGAGAGGAACCUGGGAGUACAGAGCGCCCGCUCCAGCCCCCGUCGCUUGUAAGCACGCCUACAGACGCAGGGAAGAACUGGCAAGGCCUCCUCGGCAAAGUCGGAAGACGGAGGCCGAAACAGCUGGUGAAACAGCGACGCAUAGAAAUAGUGUAGAUGGAUGUCUCCCUCCCAAACUUCAGAUGCGCUGGAGCUAAAUCCCACCACCGCCUUUGUCUUCGGGAGCCGUCCUGGCUAUAUCUGGUUCAGUAAACAAGCAAAAAGAAAACGUGACACAGUCUUCAGUCUUUUGUGCAUUCCUUUAAAACAAAAUAAAUCAGAAUCCCCUCUAUUCACCAGGGUACAUCACAUGCACUAGGAAUAUUACUCGGUGUUCUUGGUGCAGCCCAGUACAGCACAAUAACUAAACAGAACGCACAAUAAAUACAAUACUGUGUGCAAUACAACAGUAGAUACAAGACCUACAAUAUGCAAUACAAUAACACAAUACAAGACCUACAAUAUACUAUAUACAAUACAAAAAACAAUAUAGGUGUGUGUGUGUGUGUGUGUGUGUGUGUCAGCCCUGUGGUGGCCUGGCGGCCUGUCCAAGGUGUCUCCCCUCCUGCUGCCCAGUGACUGCUGGGAUAGGCUCCAGCACCCCCGUGACUCUGACAGCAAGUUAGGAUAACGGAUGGAUGGAUGGAUGUUGUGGCUAAUGCUACUGGGGAAUGCUAACCAGCUACUCACUGGGUUGCUGAAGUGCCUCCACUAUUUCUUGCCAACAUUUAGCCUUUUUCUCCAUCCUAUCCAGAGCAAAUGGUAAAUGGACUGCAUUUAUAUAGUAGCUGUCUAGUCUACCGACCACUCAGAGCUCUUUACAAUGUACGCCUCACAUUCACCCAUUCACACCCCCAUUCACACACUGAUGGUGGAGGCUCCUCAGGAGCAGUUAGGGGUUCUACGUCUUGCUCAAGGGCACUUCAACACACUCUCUGGAGGAGCUGGGGAUCAAACCAGUGACUUUCCAACUACUAGACAACCCGCUCUACCUCCUGAUUCAUACCGCCCUGUGUGUGUGAGUGUGAGUGAGAAAGAAAAUUUAAUAUUCCAAUAAACUAAUAUUAACAUAAAUACUCCAGUCUGGUACUGCAGCAUGUGAAUAAAUGUUUAAUGAUAGCAGUCGUGAAGUACUCGGCUUCUACUCAAUGCUAAUACUAAUUACUAACAGCUACUGAUAGUUUUAACAUCACAAUCCAUAAUUAAACUGGUGAGUAAACAACAGUUUUUGAGGAACACAUUUCAAUUGCUCAGUGAUUAAGACAUGUACUCUGAAUGUAAAUAAGGUGCCAGAGAGCAUUAAAAAAGCAUCAAAUUAGAGCUUGUUGUCAAAAAUACUUUCCGGGGGAGGAUCCCCCUCCCCCCGGACCCUCGUACAUAAGUCUGGGCUAAGCCCUGAAUGUCCCCAAAUCCUGGAAACACCCUCAUCAGCUCUUCAUCUAUUACUCCAACACCUCCCCUCCCCCCACUGACCCUUUUGUCACUUCUUUCACUUCAUUUGGGUAACAUCUGGUCAUUCUGCCCUUCCUGUAAUUAACAGAACUGAUCACCCUGUAAUGACUGUUAUGCAAUGAGAAUAAGGAUAAUGUGCUUUUGCUUGAAUGUCUGUCUUCAUGUGCAAAACCUAU